CCGGACAGUAAUGUGGAGUGAAAAAAACACGGGUAAGUUGGCCAGAAAAAGCCGUGCUGCGUUGGUAAACACGCAAUUCCGUGAAAAAGGAUGAAGUCAGGCUGACCCCACUAAACCUGAGGCCUUGUCUGGACGAUGAAGACGUCCUCCUCGUUAACCACGCAGCCUUCGACGUCCUGAGCCCAAGAAGACCGUAAAGGUCCUCGGUCGAAAGUGGUGAGAACGCUUACCUGUGGAACACCCUUCAUGGCCUUUUCGAUUUCGAACCCUGCCUGUCCUAGCUUUGUUAGGAGCCUCUCCCUAUAUGCUGAAUCUUGCACGAUGCGCAGUCGAUGAUAACGCAAACGAACCUGUGGACAAGUGAAGGAUAUUUCAUCCCAGCGCUGCUUCUUUGUUGCUUAUACCUCCUUGCUCCGCUCUGCUGUCACGGACUCAAACAGGCCUGCUCCAGCGAAACCCUGCUCAUUGACAUCAUUCCUCAUGCCUUCACAGGUUCACGGUGUACAGGGAGUGAGCUCACUUCAAGGUCUUCGCCAUUGCUAUCAGAUCGAAAGAUCAGACAAGCCGUCGGCCUCAAUGCAACGCUCUUCGACAGGAAGGAAACGAUCUGCGAAGGAAUGAAAAAAGAACGAUCCAGUCAUCCCGAUGAGGGCCAGUCCUUACUUGGGGUUUCUCUCCCUUCUUCACCCUAAAACUCAGGGCACGACCAGGAUAGUUCCCAACCAACGUCUCCCCGAGGCCUGGCACUACUUCUCCGUACCUGGUCAAAUUACAAGAAAUGUAACCAUGAUAGACCAGAAGGUGCACGGGCAGAGUGGAUACUUACACCUCGUCUUUCUCGUCUGAGAAAGGGUUCUGUGUGUGGAGGACGAAGGCGUAGGAGGCAGGCAACAGCUCCUGUAUGAGGACUGCCAUGUUCUGAAGGGGAAGAAAAACACACACACACAUGCAAACGAGCGAGCAUGGGAAAUCUUGCAAGAAUCGUUGCUUUGCGCACCAGCUCAUGAUACUUCCUUCCGGCUUUGGAUAAGCUGAGAGAAAGCGAAAGUCUUAUCGCCUGCAGCCGAAACGCACCGCUCACACUGAUUCCUACCUGACCCACGGGCGUAUACCAAAAAGGCUGGCCCAAACAGCUUUAACAGCUUCCCAAGCGGCAUCUUCGUCUUUGAGCAGAUCCAGAAGACGACAUUCGUCCUGCCCCUUUCCUCUCGCUGCAGCUUGCAUUGUCUCUUUAAGAGCGCUGAGGUAUUCAUCCGGCUCCACGAGCUCUUCGAUGAAAUGCUUUGCCUGUGCGUCAACAAACAAGGCGAAAGGAAUUCAAGUCUACUUAACUCAGAACUCUCGUACCGAUCCAAAUAUGCCAGCUGCGCGGUCAUUACUGGUGUCAGGUUUGAGCUGAGACAAAAGUGAUUUCAACCUUGGAAGAACAGUGUUCUCAUUCAACCUGAGACAAAGCCGUGGAAGGCAAAACAUUGUCAUUGCCGCACCUUUCCUCUUACGGAUGCAUUAGAGUUUUUUGCAUUGUCCCGUAAGGUAGGGCCUAUGAGAACACUCGAAAUGGCUGGCUGAGUACCUCGAAUAAGCUUCGUGCGGAGUCUUACCACGGCUUCUGGGGUCCUUAUUUCGAAUGGCAGUUGUGAUGAGGUUUCCAUCAAGGUUUUGGCUAGAAUCUGAAGGUUGAGUGACUUCGAGCCGACUACUGACCUGCAAACGAAAUGAUUAAGCAGCAAAGACGGCCACGUAAACCAAUCCCCUGGUCUCACCUGUCGAACUCCGACGGUGCGACAACCCAUCGAUUGCUUCGCUGUGUGAGAUUCAUCUCCGCUUGGCUGGCUCGCCUUCCCUUAAGCGCACUAUCCUCAAUCAGCAGCCGGCUUUCUUGUCUUGAUAGACCUCUCAUGGCCGCCUUUUUGGAUUGUUUGUCAAGAUCGUCAGGACGAGGCACCUCGGUGAUUGUCAAGCCUGUUGGACAUCAAGGAGUCGAUUGAAAGCAGUCUCGUAAAAGGAAGCGGCGCCGUCUCUCACCGGAUCCGUCCUUCUUUGCGCGAAUCUCAAUCCAUUUGCCCAAGAAGUCGCCUUCGAUCUGCUGAGUGAGAUCGGCGUCAAAGCUGACGGCUGAAGACACGACACAGUUUUGCAAUUGAUGGACACACUUUGGUACCAGUGUAGACCACUGCAAAUUAUUUGGAAGCCAACCUAGUAGGACGCCUGCGUUUCUCGCGCGGACAGAAACAUGACUAAGAAUAUCCUGAUCGAAGAAAUACCGAUUGUCUAUGAGGGAUCUAUGUGCGUACACUGACUCACCGGUGAUUCUGCAGCGCUCCGGACAAGAACACCAUGCACGCCCGCCGGAACUUCCUCCUCACCGCUGACGGCUGGCACAAGAUUACUGCGUCAGACUUGCCAAGCGAACAAAAAUUUCCUCACCGCCGCAAAGGAAAAUGGUAGGCCUUUCGUAGACUUUGUCCUGGAUGUGCAUAAGCCUGUUGUCACAGAGAACAGAAAUUUGUAUGUACUCGCAGAGCUCUUGUCAAGACUCUCUCCACCGGUCAAUCUUUUUCAGUUCCCCUUGGAUUCGGUCGACAACCGAUAUCAUUUGCCACGGCGGCAGGUGAGCAAUUGCUCGAAGCUCCGGCUCGAUGCGCUUGAGGACUAAACUCACCUGAUGGCGGUAAAUAAAGAAAACACUUUCAUCUCCUGUCAUCGCCCUUUUUUCAUGCUCCAAUCCAUAACCGAGAACAAAACGCUUCCGCGGACGACUUCAUCAACAAAGACCUGUGAUACGCCGACCGACAUUGUGUCUUCAUUUUAGGCGACUCGUGUGUGUAUGCAUGCGAUGCCAUACCUCCAAGACCUGCAUCGAGACAAACAACAUCGGUGAGAACAGGGAACAAUAAUGAUGAAGGGCCUCACCUGGGGAUCAGUUCCAACUUGGGAACCUAAGAACUUCGCCUUUGGUCCAAGCAGGUUCUGGAACUCAUCGACGACGUCUCCAACACUUCUUGCAGCUCGAUCACAAAGUCCCUGUGUGUGGAAAAAUCGAAUCGGUGCAAACUCUCUUCACUGAUGUCGCGCUUGAGUAAAUCGCGUACUUUGAGAAGAAGCGCACACUCGACAGCACCAUUCUGCCAGUUCAAACUUGCAGUUUUUCUGGCUAGUUGGACGAAGUCGCCAUAGAUCGCCCUGGAAACCACAAGCGGAGUCACCCCUGAGUCCUCGUUGUCUUCCUACAUUUGCUACCUCAGCUCUCCAUUCUCGGGCGCAUGGCCAGAGAGAGACAUCAGAAGGCUACCGAGCUGAAAGGUUCAUUAUGAGAGGCCAUGCGAUGUGAAAAGGCCUGUGUCUCUUUUUUUCUAACUUGGUCCGUUAGUUGGACGACCCUGUGUGUUUUUGGAAAGCAACGACAAGUAUGCGUUUGGAUGAGUGCUCCCGUUACCUUACCUUUUUUCGCCAUAUGUGCUCUGCAAACCACAACGUGAGAAAGGUGUAAUAAAAAGCUUGAUGCCAUACCAACCUGAAUGAUGAUGUUCUGUUGCUGUUCAAGGGCUAAGUCAAGAAAUAGGAUGUCCACAAGAGCGCCUGGGUCGACGUUCUUGUCAUUGAUGAUCCUUAGCAGUGCAUCUCUGCACUCCGCAACUCGCAUGAACUUGUGGUGGGCGCUGUUGCGACAGGUGAGACAAGCGGAUCAUGCCACCCGAUGUUCAAACCAAGACAAUAAAGUACCUGUCAAGUCCUCCCAUGUCUCCGUGAUCAAAGGACUUGGAUCUUCUUCUUCUGAGCCCCCCAUGUCCAACCUCGUGAAUUGCUCUUUCCAGUUGUCCGACAACGUCGUGUGGCAACUUUCCUCGUGCGUAAUCAAGCGCUGUCUGCACACGACGACCGUGAACAACACAGAUCAAGUCUUCCUCAGAUCAUUGCACCGAUCAUUACCGCCAGGUCAGUUGCGUCGUGCACCUGCAUGGCAUUUGGAAAGGAUUCAUUUAAGCGCCUUUUGUCUGUCUUUUUUCGUUCGUUCUUACGGAUUGAAGGAUCUUCAGGUAUUGGUCGAACUCGAAGAUAAGCUUGCCAGUGUCACCGUGCAUGUACGGCUCUUUAUUGAUUGGCCGGUCGUAGCUUGCGAGCCUCUCACGUGUGAUUCCGUGGUCGUUCAGCACGUCCCAAUAGGACUGCAUGUUCCCUCCGCUCCUCAAAAAAGCCAGAAGGGCCUUGCAAAUCCCAACCUACACCCAAGGAUGGAACCCAACGAUGGACGAGUCCUACGUGUGUCUUCGUUCACAGCGUACGUCGUCAGGCGUCCUGACGGCAAAGUAAGAAAAGAAACGCAUCAAUGGCAAGCAAGAGGAUAAAGGGUAGACCUACGUGUUGUUGUGCAGCUUUUGAUGCCACUACAAUCAUGAUAGGAACACCAAACGGCAAAGGUGUCCCAAUGCUGCUUUUCGUUUUGCUAGGAGGCCUGACCUGCUCGUAGAAGUGUCCGGCUGUAGGGAACGAACAGGAAAAUCCUUGUCUGAUUUCCGUUAAUGCUGCGGUUUUUCAAAGCUGACCUGUCUCAGGUAUGCCAUUUCUGUGCAUGAUCUGCCACGGACCAAAGGCAUGCAGAGUGAUCAGCUCUUAAAAUGAGUGAAUUAUCUUACAUGAAGUAUCUCGUCUCGAAUUCUCUGUCCUUGCGAGCCCCCGCGUCCGAGUGUACCGAUGACCAGACGGAUCUGAAAGAAAAAAGAACGAAUGUCUGGAAAAAAGGGGAAAGGGAAGGCGCUUGCCAAAGGACGGCAUUUGGGGGUUGUUUUCCAAACUUCUGCAAUCCUGAACGUACGAAAAAGGCCUUCUGUCCAGGACAUUCCGAGGAGCUUUUUUCGGUUAACCCACUUGUAAGACAGGGAAUUGGUUGCGCCUGCGAGUUCGCGAGGCUUCGUAUUGUAGUUGCGCUGCCAGUCUAAGAUCUUCAUGAAAGAGAAGCGCUGCCACACCUACAACAGGCAGGCGGGACAGCAGAACACGAACGUGAACGUGACGGAACGUGACGUCCCCAUUUCCAAAAGGAGCAGUUGCGCCGCCUACGUAAAUCCAACUCCAGAACUCCUGUUUUUCGUUCGCGAAAGAAACAACACGAAAAGAAACCGAUGAAGACGGGAAUGUGGAUAUCUUCUUUCCUCUAGACUGAAGUUUCAAACACACCUUGUCCGAGCUCUCGCGACUAAGGGGUGGAAGAACGAGACUGGAGAAGGAGGCGGUUGCAGUUAUCGGCUUUCGCGGCUCUUCUUGGAACACUGUAGCCCAGGAUUUAACCCUCGUUAGCGACUUUUUCUCCUCCUCUGAAAGGUUGACCGGUUGAUGCGAGAUCCGACGGCAAACGUUUCUUUUUCCUCCGGCGCGACUUACCAGGACGGUCUCCGUCCCAGUCCUCGAUAAUGCCGCGACAGAGGUUGUACCUGCCGAGAAACCAACCGAUUAUGAAUCAUUUUUCGUCUACCUGUUUGACGGAUGUCACCUGUGCAUCUGCAUUCACAGAACAAAUGCAUGCUCCUUUCGUUUCUCCGCGCGCGUGACUGGUGCGCCCGCCCGCACUUUACCAGUGUCCAUCCUCCGGCGUCCACCUUCAGUGUACAUUAAAGGAUGCACACAUGUGGCUGAAGUCGGCUUCGUUUGUAUAUAAGCCUAUUACCUCGCCUCCAAGUAUCUUCUCGACGACUUCGCGGUGUUCUCCUUUCCACCCAUCUGCUCCACUGGCACUGAGUCGUACGAGAAAGUCUUUGUUGUCAAUCGUCUUGAACCACCCAUCCCCUUUCUCUGCUUUCAAAACGAACGCCAGGCCCUCCACGAGCGGUACGACUCCGGCAUCCGUUUCUUCGUCGGGCUGGGCAGGACGAGCGGGAAGGACAAUCUGAUGAAAGAUCGACAUGUGAACUCAUUUGUUUUUUUCCCUCAGCGGCUCCUGACUUCGGUCUUGUAGAGGCCCGAUUCGUCAGGGACCAUCGGCGAAUUACACGAUCUGAAUGCAUGUCGGAGUGCCUGUCUGCAACCAAAAGGUCGUGUCUUACUUUUUGGGAUCGACGACAGCUGUGCCCGGGGGUCGACAAGAUUCUGGGGGGCAGGUCCACUGUGAUUUGCGCUUCCCCUCGAGAAUGCCCCAAUGGAGAAGGCAACCAAUUUCGAGACAUCCGACAAUUGUCACCUAACGCGCAUGUCAGAACGUGCAAUAUUGACUUGAGAGACGACCAACCCCCACCCUCGUGCACCUUGACUGCCUGCUUGUCUUGUGUAGACUCCGCACUGCAGUCGAGCUCCCCCAGCCCUCCAGUGAUCGACCACUGCUUGAAGAAGAUAUCAGCAUUGACGCGGCUGACAGCUCAUAUGAGGGACCAAGUCGGAUGGAAAGGGCUGAGUGCCUUCGUACCGUGCAUCUCUGCUGGCGUGGUAAUCGGAAAGGCGUUUUUUCCGCAUCAUCUCCUUUUCUUCCUCGGCCUUUUUCAGCUUCUCCUCAUACUCCUGUUCAUUAAAGCAAUCUAAGCAAUCUGUUCGACGAACGGUCUCGUGUUUCAACUCACAUACCUGGAUCGCGGCCUUCCACGACUCACUGAAGCGCACGCAAACACACACACACACACAAACGCACACACAACACACACGCAACACACACACACACACACACUCAGACGGAGAGGCGGCCAUGUGUGCGGGCGGGCCGGGAAAGCAACUGACCGGAUAGGAAUGUGAACGUCGAAGUCGUCAUUCCCCUGGCGAGAAGCACAACAUCGUAUACGUGUCACUGUCUCUUGAUCCGUGCUAGACAGGAAAGCCAUGCUUACGUGCUUCAGCCAGACGUUCCCUGCCUUCUCUUUCAGCACAAACAGAAGGUAUGGCGCCACACUCACACCGGGAAGCCACAAGUGAGUGCCUUGGAUUGCACUCGACGCGGCGCCAUCCGUAACACGCAGGCCAGACGCCGAGGCGUCAACGUCUACGGGCUGCAUCAAAAGCAUCCACGCAUCCGGGUGCAUGGAGGGGUAGCGCACACUGUCUGGGAGACCUACCAUGAAUUCGGUCUGCACAGCUUUCUCAUCCCACGCGGCUGUCUUGAAAGGCCGACUGUCGAUUGUAUCGAGCUGAGGCUUCCUCCAUUGCCCCUUCUGAUUCGCCAUGCCCUACCACACCAUCAUACACAGGUAGUCAAGCACCGAGCAAGGAAGGUGUGUCUCGUGAUGUUUGUGUGUGGUGUCAGGUGGACCCAGUGGAGAAGAAGACUCUUCGGUGCAUCCGUGAGCACAAAGAGGUCUGCGCCCUCUUCACCUUCGAAGAGGAGCAGCUCAAUACCUGCGGGGAUGGGAUGCUCGACUCUCCAAGACCUGGUUGGCAAUCAAUCAAUGAGUCGCUAUUGCUUUCGCAAGUACCAUUCCGCUCACUGGUGAACGGUUGCUUUGUCUCGGACGGCCAGCAGGUCCUUUGUUGUCUUCUUCAAGGCAGAGCCCCGGGACACUUCAGACACCAGAUGUGGAAAGUCGAUGAAGAAGUUGCCAUUCCCUUGCUUAAUCCACUGGUUAGGAGGCCUGAGUGUAUCGAUCGCACGGUCGACGCUCGCGUCGGUGUCUGACGGUGCCGACUCCCUCCAGCAGCCAACUUACUUGAACAGGACGAAAUACAGCCCUGCUGGCAUCACGGGAGCAGUCGCGGAGCCGUCUUCUGGCACGGCCGGCACAAAUGUCAGCGCCAAGUCGUGCCUGUCCUCUCUGCUCUCGAACAGAGAGCGCGCAGCCCCGGGAACGGCUUUCGUCUCCGCUCUGGGUGGAUAGAGCGCAGAGGGGGGAGGCGUCCACUGUUUCUUCGCAUUGCUCAAGCCCCAGUGUAGCCACAACUCUUCCCUGUAGCCACGCAGGCACAUGCACGCAGAGGGUGUGUGGGAUACCAAGAGCCCCUCGCAACAUACACAAAGCAACCCACCCAGUGCCAAAACCUUCUGCCUCAAGAGCAAUCUGUAUCUCCUCGGGGGACGCAACAACAGCAGCCACCUGACCAAACACAAACACCAAACACAGCGCAGCACACGACGCGAUGUAUGUGAGCCACAGCUGCUUGUAUCGAUGGCUGCACCCGCAGUUUCCUCCCGCCCAGAUUGAACGUGAUCUGAUGGGAGAGGCCGUUCAUCUCGGCUCGUGCUCAAACCGAAGCCUCAGAUCCGUCAAGCUCCGAACCAAGCGUCACUUGGGCAUCCCCCUUCAAGAUCGA